AUGGGCAACUCGCCAAGCCGCGUCACGGCGCAAGACAAAGCAAUCCUCGACCUAAAAACCCAGCGCGACAAGCUUCACCAAUACCAGCGCAAAAUCACCGUCCUCACCGACCGAGAAACUGCCAUCGCGCGCCAGAUGUUGGCCAAGGGGGACAAGCAGCGGGCGCUCCUCGCUCUCCGACGCAAAAAGUACCAGGAAACUUUGCUCCAAAAAACCGAUGCGCAACUGGAGCAACUGGAAAAACUAACCUCAAGCGUGGAGUUUGCGCUAAUACAAAAAGACGUAUUUUUUGGUCUGCAACAGGGGACGAAAGUGUUGAAAGAGAUACACGCCGAGAUGGGAGGGUUGGAGCACGUCGAGAAGAUGAUGGGGGAGACGGCAGAGGAGAUUGCUUAUCAACAGGAAGUAAGCGAAAUGUUAGGAGGUCGCAUCUCCAACCAGGACGAAGACGAAGUCGAAGAAGAGUUGGCAGCUUUGGAGGCCGAGGUGGCUGCGAAGAACCAACCGGUGCCCGUACAGCCAGUACCACAAGUGCCGCUACCAAAUGUUCCCGAUACCGAGUUAUCGUCACCGUCGAGAGCGGAAGAA